CUUCCUCUGCAGAAACAGCUCCCUGCCAACACAACGCGCUCGGAAUGGCUUUGAAGAGGAGGAGCAGCAGCGUUUGAACAUCUCUCUUUUUCCCCCCCUUUUUUUCCUCCUCUUCUGACUCUUGUAGUUGGCGGAUUUUAAAAAGACAUUUAACCCUCAGAGGUUUGCCCUGGAUGCUUUUGCUUUUUCCAUUUUUUUUUUUUUUAAAUCCCCCCUCUCUCUCGUUUCCCCCCUUCCUGUUCUUUUUUAUGGUUUAACAGCCAGAGGUGCUGUGCUAAAUUCUUGGAAGGGGCCCGGAUGUACUGAGGAUGCAUUGCAAUUUCACUAAAGGAGGCAGUAGUGGAAAGGAUCAGUUUUUGGUGUUUGAUGCAAUAAUGGGAAUCAGGUAAUAAUAAAAGGGGAAAUUCUGCAGCUCCAUUCUUCCUUGUAUUUUACCAAGCCGAUUUUCGGAGGGAUUAAUCUGGACUCGUUUUAAAUGGUCAAUGAAAACAAGAGGAUGUACAUCCCUGAAGAAAACCAUCAAGGUUCCAACUAUGGGAGUCCCCGUCCAGCUCAUGCCAACAUGAAUGCCAAUGCAGCAGCAGGGCUUGCCCCAGAGCAUAUCCCUACUCCAGGGGCAGCUCUGUCCUGGCAAGCUGCGAUUGAUGCUGCCAGGCAAGCCAAACUGAUGGGUAGUGCUGGCAAUGCAACAAUAUCCACAGCUAGCUCCACGCAGAGGAAACGGCAGCAGUAUGGGAAACAGAAAAAACAGGGUACCACCACAGCUACACGUCCUCCCCGGGCACUGCUGUGUUUAACACUGAAAAAUCCCAUCCGGAGGGCAUGCAUCAACAUCGUUGAAUGGAAACCAUUUGAAAUAAUUAUUUUACUGACUAUUUUUGCCAAUUGUGUGGCCUUAGCUAUCUAUAUCCCCUUUCCAGAAGAUGAUUCCAAUGCCACCAAUUCCAAUCUGGAACGAGUGGAGUAUCUCUUUCUCAUAAUUUUUACAGUGGAAGCAUUUUUAAAAGUAAUAGCAUACGGACUUCUCUUUCACCCCAACGCUUACCUCCGCAAUGGCUGGAAUUUACUAGAUUUUAUAAUUGUGGUAGUAGGGCUUUUUAGUGCAAUUUUAGAACAAGCAACCAAAGCAGAUGGGGGGAAUUCAAUAGGAGGAAAAGGUGCCGGAUUCGAUGUUAAAGCACUGCGGGCUUUCCGAGUAUUACGCCCUUUAAGGCUGGUGUCUGGAGUUCCUAGUCUCCAGGUGGUUUUAAAUUCAAUUAUCAAGGCCAUGGUCCCUUUGUUGCAUAUUGCCCUGCUGGUGCUGUUUGUCAUUAUUAUCUAUGCUAUCAUUGGACUGGAGUUAUUCAUGGGGAAGAUGCAUAAGACCUGCUAUCAUGUGCAAGGGGGACUGAUAGAUACACCUGCAGAAGAUGAUCCAUCUCCCUGUGCCCCCCAGUCUGCACAUGGGCGACAGUGUCAGAAUGGCACGGAGUGCAAGGCAGGCUGGGAGGGACCUAAGCACGGCAUUACCAACUUUGACAACUUUGCUUUUGCCAUGCUGACAGUGUUUCAGUGCAUCACGAUGGAGGGCUGGACAGAUGUACUGUACUGGGUCAAUGAUGCCAUAGGAAGGGACUGGCCCUGGAUCUAUUUUGUUACACUAAUCAUCAUAGGGUCAUUUUUUGUACUUAACUUGGUUCUCGGUGUACUUAGCGGGGAGUUUUCCAAAGAAAGAGAGAAGGCUAAAGCUCGGGGUGAUUUCCAGAAGUUACGGGAAAAACAACAACUAGAAGAGGAUUUGAAGGGAUACUUAGACUGGAUAACUCAGGCAGAAGAUAUUGACCCAGAAAAUGAAGAUGAAGGCAUGGAUGAGGAGAAGCCUCGAAACAUGAGCAUGCCCACCAGUGAGACUGAGUCCGUGAACACAGACAACGUCCCUGGAGCAGAUAUUGAAGGCGAAAACUGCGGUGCUAGGCUAGCGCAUCGGAUCUCAAAAUCAAAGUUUAGUCGCUACUGGCGUCGGUGGAAUCGAUUCUGCAGAAGAAAGUGCCGCGCCGCUGUCAAGUCCAAUGUUUUCUACUGGUUGGUGAUAUUCCUUGUGUUUCUCAACACCCUUACCAUUGCCUCUGAACACUACAACCAGCCAGACUGGCUCACGGAGGUCCAAGACACUGCCAACAAGGUGCUGCUAGCUCUUUUCACGGCAGAGAUGCUACUGAAGAUGUACAGCCUUGGUCUCCAGGCCUAUUUUGUGUCCCUCUUCAAUCGCUUUGACUGUUUCAUUGUGUGUGGAGGAAUCCUGGAAACAAUUCUGGUUGAGACGAAGAUCAUGUCACCACUGGGCAUUUCGGUGUUGAGAUGUGUUCGACUCCUAAGAAUAUUUAAAAUCACAAGAUACUGGAACUCCCUGAGUAACCUUGUGGCUUCACUCCUGAAUUCAGUCCGCUCUAUUGCCUCCCUAUUGCUGCUUCUCUUCCUCUUCAUUAUCAUCUUCUCACUCCUGGGGAUGCAGCUCUUUGGGGGCAAGUUUAACUUUGAUGAGAUGCAGACCAGGAGGAGUACUUUUGACAACUUCCCCCAGUCCCUCCUCACUGUGUUUCAGAUCCUGACUGGGGAGGACUGGAAUUCGGUGAUGUAUGAUGGGAUCAUGGCUUAUGGCGGCCCCUCUUUUCCAGGAAUGUUGGUCUGUAUUUACUUCAUCAUCCUAUUCAUCUGUGGAAACUAUAUCCUGCUGAAUGUAUUUUUGGCCAUUGCUGUGGACAACCUUGCUGAUGCUGAGAGCUUAACAUCUGCCCAGAAAGAGGAGGAAGAGGAAAAAGAAAGGAAAAAGCUAGCUAGAACUGCUAGUCCUGAAAAGAAACAGGAGAUAGAAAAAACAGCUGUGGAGGAGGAGACAAAGGAAGAGAAAAUAGAGUUGAAAUCGAUCACUGCUGAUGGAGAAUCCCCGCCUGCUACCAAGAUCAACGUGGAUGAUUAUCAGCCCAAUGAAAAUGAAGAAAAGAGUCCAUAUCCCACAACCGAAGCGCCAGCAGAGGAAGAUGAGGAAGAACCAGAGAUGCCUGUCGGCCCUCGGCCUCGCCCGAUGUCUGAGCUGCACCUCAAGGAAAAGGCUGUGCCCAUGCCUGAUGCGAGUGCUUUUUUCAUCUUCAGUCCUAACAACAGGUUUCGUGUCCACUGCCAUCGAAUCGUUAACGAUAACAUUUUCACCAACCUGAUCCUAUUUUUCAUCUUGCUCAGCAGCAUCUCCCUGGCAGCUGAGGACCCCGUCCGACACCUCUCCUUUAGGAACCAAAUCCUAGGCAAUGCAGACUAUGUCUUCACUAGUAUCUUUACAUUAGAAAUUAUUCUGAAGAUGACCGCAUAUGGGGCUUUCCUCCAUAAAGGCUCCUUCUGCAGAAACUAUUUCAACAUCUUAGACCUGCUGGUGGUCAGCGUUUCUCUCAUCUCCUUCGGGAUCCAGUCCAGUGCCAUCAAUGUGGUGAAGAUCCUGCGUGUUCUGCGAGUCCUUAGACCACUGAGGGCCAUCAACAGAGCCAAAGGACUAAAGCAUGUGGUGCAGUGUGUGUUUGUUGCCAUCCGAACCAUCGGAAACAUUGUGAUUGUCACCACUUUGCUGCAGUUCAUGUUUGCCUGCAUUGGAGUUCAGUUGUUUAAGGGCAAGCUGUACAGCUGCACUGAUAGCUCCAAGCAGACAGAAGCAGAAUGCAGAGGGUACUACAUUACAUACAAGGAUGGUGAGGUCAACCAGCCGAUGAUACAACCCCGGAGCUGGGAGAACAGCAAGUUUGACUUUGACAACGUCUUGACUGCCAUGAUGGCCCUCUUCACUGUCUCAACCUUUGAGGGCUGGCCAGAGUUGCUGUAUAGGUCCAUUGAUUCCCACAUGGAGGAUGUGGGACCCAUCUAUAAUCACAGGGUUGAGAUCUCCAUCUUCUUUAUUAUCUACAUCAUCAUCAUUGCUUUCUUCAUGAUGAACAUCUUCGUUGGUUUCGUCAUCGUCACAUUUCAGGAACAAGGAGAACAAGAGUACAAGAACUGUGAGCUGGACAAAAACCAGCGCCAGUGUGUAGAAUAUGCCCUGAAAGCCCGGCCCCUGCGGAGAUACAUCCCUAAAAACCAGUACCAGUACAAAGUUUGGUAUGUGGUCAACUCCACCUAUUUUGAAUACCUGAUGUUCGUUCUGAUCCUGCUGAACACCAUCUGCCUGGCCAUGCAACACUACGGUCAGAGCUGCAUGUUCAAGGAAGCCAUGAAUAUCCUCAACAUGCUCUUCACUGGCCUCUUCACUGUUGAGAUGGUCCUGAAAUUAAUCGCCUUCAAACCCAAGGGUUACUUUAGUGAUCCUUGGAAUGUUUUUGACUUCCUCAUCGUAAUUGGCAGCAUUAUAGACGUCAUUCUCAGUGAGACUAAUCACUAUUUCUGUGAUGCAUGGAAUACAUUUGACGCCUUGAUUGUUGUGGGUAGCAUUGUUGAUAUAGCAAUCACCGAGGUGAACCCAGCUGAACAUACCCAAUGCUCUUCCUCUAUGAACGCAGAGGAAAACUCUCGCAUCUCAAUCACCUUCUUCCGACUCUUCCGCGUGAUGCGUCUUGUGAAGCUCCUGAGCCGAGGGGAGGGCAUCCGGACACUGCUUUGGACCUUCAUCAAAUCCUUCCAGGCUCUCCCCUAUGUGGCUCUUUUAAUAGUGAUGUUGUUCUUCAUCUACGCCGUGAUCGGGAUGCAGGUGUUUGGUAAAAUUGCGCUGAAUGAUACCACAGAAAUCAACCGCAACAACAACUUCCAGACCUUCCCCCAGGCAGUGCUGCUGCUUUUCAGGUGUGCCACCGGAGAGGCCUGGCAAGAAAUCAUGUUGGCAUGUCUCCCAGACAAGAAGUGUGACCCAGAGUCGGAGCCAGCCAACUCCACUGAAGCCGAUCACUCCUGUGGCAGCAGCUUCGCAGUCUUCUAUUUCAUCAGCUUCUACAUGCUCUGUGCCUUCCUGAUCAUCAAUCUUUUUGUAGCUGUUAUAAUGGAUAACUUUGAUUACCUGACACGGGACUGGUCCAUUUUAGGACCACAUCACCUGGAUGAGUUUAAAAGGAUCUGGGCAGAGUAUGACCCUGAAGCCAAGGGACGGAUCAAACACUUGGACGUGGUGACACUGCUCCGACGGAUUCAGCCACCCCUGGGCUUUGGGAAGCUCUGCCCUCACCGGGUGGCUUGCAAACGCCUUGUUUCCAUGAAUAUGCCACUGAACAGUGAUGGGACUGUCAUGUUCAAUGCCACUCUCUUUGCAUUGGUCAGAACAGCACUGAGGAUCAAGACAGAAGGUAACCUCGAGCAAGCCAACGAAGAGCUGAGAGCAAUAAUUAAGAAAAUCUGGAAGCGCACCAGUAUGAAGCUGCUGGACCAGGUGGUGCCCCCCGCAGGUGAUGAUGAGGUGACUGUUGGGAAGUUCUAUGCCACUUUCCUGAUUCAGGAAUAUUUCCGGAAGUUCAAGAAACGUAAAGAACAGGGACUGGUGGGCAAGCCCUCCCAGCGCAACGCGCUCUCCUUACAGGCUGGUCUGCGAACACUUCACGACAUUGGGCCAGAGAUCCGACGAGCAAUCUCUGGAGACCUGACAGCUGAAGAAGAGCUAGACAAGGCCAUGAAAGAAGCUGUUUCUGCUGCCUCUGAAGAUGAUAUCUUCCGGAGAGCCGGAGGCUUGUUUGGAAACCAUGUCAGCUAUUACCAAAGUGAUGGCAGGAGUGCGUUCCCACAGACAUUCACCACCCAGCGACCUUUGCACAUCAAUAAGUCUGGCAACAACCAGGGAGAUACCGAGUCUCCAUCUCAUGAGAAGCUGGUGGACUCCACCUUCACUCCCAGCAGCUAUUCAUCUUCGGGCUCCAAUGCCAACAUCAACAAUGCCAACAACACAGCCCUGUGCCGCUUCCCCAGCCCACCCAGCUACCCCAGCACUGUCAGCACAGUGGAAGGCCAUGGGACCCCCUUGUCACCCACCAUACGUGUACAGGAGGCUCCUUGGAAACUACCUUCCAAAAGGACGCAUUACUACGAAACACUGGGACGCUCCAGUUCCAGAGACAGCCAGCUGGCAAUUGUUUGCCGAGAGGAAGUGUCUCAGGAUGAGACGUAUGAUGAAAAUUUGAAUGAAGACAUUGAGUACUGUAGUGAACCAAGUCUGCUCUCUACCGAAAUGCUUGCAUACCAAGAUGAUGAAAACAGACAACUUUCUCCACCAGAAAACAACAAAGGAGAAGACAGCCGGCACUCCCCGAAGAAAGGGUUUCUGUGCUCCUCAGCAUUAGGUCGAAGAGCAUCUUUUCACUUAGAGUGUCUGAAAAGACAGAAAAACCAGGGCGUAGAUGUCUCGCAGAAGACAGUUCUGCCCUUGCAUCUGGUACAUCAUCAGGCAUUAGCAGUGGCUGGCCUGAGUCCCCUACUCCAGCGAAGCCAUUCUCCUACAAUGUUCUCUCGGCUGUGUGCGACACCUCCUGCUACACCCUGCAACCGUGGCUGGCCGCAACAGACCAUCCCGACUCUGCGCCUGGACGGGGCAGAGUCCAGCGAGAAGCUCAACAGCAGCUUCCCAUCAGUACACUGCGGCUCUCGGUAUCCUGACAACACCGGCUGCAGCAGCCCGAGGAGAGCCAGGCCAGUCUCCCUCACCGUCCCCAGCCAGACCGGAGGGAGCAGCAGGCAGUUUCAUGGCAGCGCUGGCAGCCUGGUUGAAGCGGUCUUGAUUUCGGAAGGACUGAUGCAGUUUGCUCAAGAUCCAAAGUUCAUUGAGGUCACAACCCAGGAGCUCGCAGACGCCUGUGACAUGACGAUAGAAGAGAUGGAAAAUGCAGCAGACAACAUUCUCAAUGGUAACAGCAAGCAGAGCCCCAAUGGCAACCUCUUGCCUUUUGUUAACUGCAGGGACCCAGGGCAGGACAGUGCAGGAGAGGAAGAGGAAGAGGUGCAGAACCCGGAUUGUAGAAUAAGUCAGGAGGAGCUCAAGGACAGCAGGAUUUAUAUCAGCAGCCUGUAGUUGCCAGGGCUGGAAGCGAUGCUGGUUUUUUAUUUGUUUCAAUGUUCCUAAUGGGUUUGUUUCAGAAGUGCCUCACUGUUCUCGUGACCUGGAGUAACCGGAACAGCGUUCUUCAUUCAUUUCUGUUGGGACGAGUCGCAGAGUUGGGUGGUGUAAGAAAGCUUUUCAGGAGCGGAUAUAACCCCAGCAUGAGUCCAUGAAGGAAGAGUGAGGAGGAGGAGGAAGAGGAGGAGAGCCAGCUCCCUCUUUUUUUCAGUCCCUGCACAAGGAACAGCUGCCUCCCAAGCGCAUAGGGGAACCUCAGCUUCCUGUGGAUGGCCCUAGCCAAAAGGACCCUGCUUCAAACGGGUGUCUUUCAACUUUGCUUGUAAAAAUCAUUUUGCACAUAUUCUGUAUGAGCCUCACCGUCUCCAUAAAGCCAAGGCCCUUUGAUUCGGAAGGAGAGGAGGACUUCUUCUGCUGUGGAUUCCCGUACCGCGAAGUGAAGGAGGAAGCAGAAGAAGCCCAAGGGGCAGGUGGCAGCGCUGCCCAACCCUGCUAAGACUCCCAGGCGGCGGAAUCUGCCAACCAAUCCAAGCUCAGGCAGCCACUCCGGCCAACCAAUCAGAGCUCGAGCAGUCACUUGCCAGCCAAUCUGAGCUCAGGCAGUCUCUUGCCGACCAAUCAGAGCUCUGACAGCCAGCCGUGCCAGCCAGUGGGAGAGCGGGGAGCAGGCUCUGCGGCGGGGCUGAGCCGACCUGCCCCGCACUUGCUGAGGUGGUGGUGGUGGGCUUGUGUAGAUCUCUCCUUGUUUUGCAGUUUGAUAUUUUCUUGAAAGCAUGUUGCAGUUUUUAUUUUGACUAUUUUAUUUGAAUUUUUUUGGAGGGAGAAGGGAGUGUUUACAAGGUUUUGUAAUCACCUUACCUUUUUGUUUUGGUUUAUUUUCACCUUUGCAAAUGUUAAAUUGGUUUGAUCAUGUUGCAUUAUUUAAACUGGGGUUUUUUUCUCCAUUGAAAUUUGGUAGAAGUAUAAUGAUAGACAAGUUUUACCAACCAUUAUGUACACCAAGAAUUUGUAAUUUUAUUUGCUAGUAAUUGAAACCUCCUUUUUUUGUUGUUGUUUUAUAAUUUAAAGAUAGUAGGCAAUGCACUUGAUAUAGUCUUGCACAUUUGAGUGAUUGAUUUGGGUUCUUCUUAGUGCUAAGUAUAUCUGUGAGUGUGGGAGCAAUACAGAGCGAGUGUGCGUGCGCGCGUGCGUGUGUGUGUAAGUGCAUGCAGUUCUCCACAUCCUGGUUUGAGCUGCAGGAGAUCUGUAUCUGGGGCCAUUUGAAUGCAAAAACAAACCACUGUCUCUGCUUUUGAAAGGGGAAUCAGUAACUUUGCAUUUUCUGUUCCACAAGAUAUGCAAAAACAAUGCAAUAAUAUUAAUUUUAAAAUACAAUUGUAAGUUGUGUUGGCAUUAAAACUGUAUAGAAAACAAAAAUUGGGGGGGGUGGGUGGGGGAGCAAACAAAAAAACAAACCAGAAGGCGUUACGCUUCGAUAUAUUCCGUGUGAUGUUUUAUUGCAUUGAUAAUGUUUCUGUUGAAGAAACCGUUAUACUUGAAUUCAGGUCAGUUUCAGUAUUUUUCAAAUAUUUUUUUAAAAAUGAAUUGCAGUUGUGCCAAGCAAAGAUAAUGAAUUGAAUUAAGUUUGUUUAAGAAAAAAAAAGAAAAAAAAAGAAUCACUUCUUGUAUAUUUUGCUGCAUGUCAAGUGAAUCAUUUCGUAUUUGGAAUGUGCCAAGCUUUACCUUUGAACUUUUAAGUGCUUUUCUACGUGUGGUUGGGGAAAGGGGUACUAUUUUUUUUCUUUUUUUUAAUUUGUACAAUGAACAAAGUGUACCUGGUGUAAGUAACUAUUCUGCAAUCCACUGACAGGUUGAACGUUACUGAUUUUGCAUAUCUUGUGUUCAUUUUCCUUCUUCCUCGCUCCCUCUAAACAUGCACGAUGACUUUAUUGGUAGAGAAUCUUUCUUCCCGAGACUGGGACAUUUUAUUCAGGCUUUGUUCUUCUUCCUUUUGCUCAGUUUCUCUAAAGGUCUUGUUCCACUCGAGGGUGGCAAGAGCCCCAAGCCCGUUUGGUAGAUCCAUCCUACGUAAUCAGCUGGCACCAGCAAUUCAAGGAGUGGGGAGGAAAAAUCUGCUUUCAAAUUUCUUUUAUUAAAUAGCUAACCCUGAUCGAUUAUAGCAGGAUCCUGGGAUAAGCAAAUGCAAGAGGCAGAAUCGUUAGCAAAGUAAAGUUAUCUAACUCUGGUCUGGGCUCAAAGCAGAGGUUAAGUGAGGGAGAGAGCUCUGGAUCAUUGCUUAGGAGAAUUGCUGCACUCUGGCCAAGAUGCAGAUGUGAAGUGAUUUUUUUUGUGUUCCCAUGCACGGUCUCAUCCCUCUUCCCAGACUUCAGUGGAUGGGUCAGAUUCUAAGUCACAAAACAUCCGAGAGCACAGCAUGUCCCAGCCAUAUUUCCCUACUAAGUGAGUGUGGAUGUCUCUUGACUUUCCUCACACCGACCCUUGAUCCUAACUCAUGAAAGAGGCUGAAAAAACAGGCAGGUACCGUUAGAUUUUAUGCAACUGAUUUUUGUUUAGUCUGCUGCUGUUUUUUCUCCCUUCUCAAGAUGGUUCACAAACUUGCAGAUCAGUGCUAAGAGGCAUGAUCUGACUCAGAGCUAAACUUUCAUUCAAAUCUUGAGCUUCUGCAGAUGUCUGAGAACAUCAUUUAUUGCAUAUGUUGAUUACAUUAUUUUUGUUAUGCCCUUGUUUUUCUUCUUGAUUCUUCUUUUAUCUCUGAUAAAACAGAAAUAGCAAAGGGUAUUUUUGACAGAGCACUUCUUUCAGUGUCAUUUUGAACCGGCCAGUAGCAGCUCAAGAUACCUUGAGAAAAAACCACCAAAUUCUUUUAAAGUAGAGAAAUAUGAAUCCAUUUAUACAACUAUGUGGCAUCAAAGUCCUAAUUCAAGACUUCCCUGGAGAAAGCAACCGGCUGAUGUCAGUCAGUCUCAUCCUUUCCAUCCUUCGUGCCUGUAUUGAGAUGGGCACACAAGCGCGUCUCCCUUUCAGAGUUUGCUGUUGCUAGUGCCGAUGUGCUCCAAAGCUAUUUGAAAGGAAAUAGUGCUGUGCCUGGCUGUUUCUGAAAAUGAAAUCUGGGUAAGGGCUCCCUAUCUCACUUUCUUCCACUAGAAAGUCCAUCUGACCCUCCCAGUGGGAGACGGUGGUGUUCUCUGCUCCCAAGAAACAAAGUACGGAUCUAAAUUAGUGGUGGCAAUGGGCUUGUUUGGAUGCUUGACAGCCCCAUCAGCUUUUAGGCUUUUUCUUGAUAGGAAGGAACAUGGUGGAAAGGAUUAUGCCCCACACAUUCCCAGUGAAAGCUGCAGCUGCCUCAGGGGUCGGAGCCUGCCAUGGCCAGGGGAAACCCCGCUCUCUGCUGGAAGACCCCUGACUUAGGUCCUGCAGAGUGGAAAACACAUGGCUAGAGAAUGCAGAUGACUGCUGCAGUUUGAGGGGCAGAUGUUAAAUUUAGUAAUUGCUGGUGCCGGCUGUACAAAUUCCUCUUUCUGGGGAGGGCAGCACUUUUUAUUUAUUUUUUCAUUUGAGGUACUUCCAGUGUGCACACUGUGACAGGCCUGAGCACAGAGCUACUGCCUCCUUCAGGUGCGGGAGAGUCCAGGGGAUGGUGGGAAGGCAGGGGCAGAUUUAGUUCCUGGAAUGUCCUUCUUUCCCUGUGUGUGGGAGUGGAUGGUGGGUACGAUCACUGUGCUGUGGAUGGAAGCUUUGAAGGAACUGGUGGCUGAGGAGUGGCAUGGAAGGAAAGAAUGGGGAAAACGAUCUGCUGUUUGCCACUGAGCAUCUCUGACUUGCAAGAGUACGCUGCAGACUAAAGACGUUUCUUAUAAAACAACAAACCUCCUCCUUGUAUCACUCCUGCUCGUUGUUCCUGGCAGUACUGGGCCAGCCACACCGGGUGCAUUUCUUUUUUUCCUCCUUAUUUCUGUGUGGCUGACAUGACGGGGAAGAAAGUGAAACUCAUGAUCCAGAGCUGGAGUUUCAUUGUCCACAGACCUUUUCUGCAUCACCUGCCUCUUCAGCUGGACAUGUGAACGAUGAUGGUGUAGAUGCUGCUGCUACUGCAGGGGUCCCGCCUGUUUUAUUACCCUGCUCACCACACCCCAGCACGGAGGGACAGCCAGAGAGGCGCCAUGUACAGAAUCACAUCUAUUUCUGCUUUGUUUUCUGACUCAGAACCCUGCCCCUGAUGACUAUGACAACGACAACAACAACAAAAAAAGGGCAAAUGCAUUUUUUACAUUUCUUGAUAAUUUCCAAAGCAAUGUAUCAUUGCUUUCUUUAGACUGACGCCAAUAUAACAGUUGUAUGGGUCUCAGCCAGGCUCCUGUGUCUUUUCUGCCUGAUAGUUUCAGAUUGCUGUAUGAAAUGUAUGCGCGUUUGCACACAGACACAAUCGUAAAAGGUGACGGCACCGCAAGCCCGUGGGGUUGUCACCUGUGUCAGAGAUGAAGUUGGAGGCCUUGCUUCAUAUGCAUGGAUGAGAACCCCAACCUGUUGGUCCGGUGAGCUGAAGUGAAGCAGCCCUACUGAGACAGAACUGAGUAUCCUAAGAUAUAUGCACGGUCCUGUUGUGACUGUCCCCAUGGCAGGGUGGGGUGGGGGACCGGAACACUGAAUGACGAAUUUGGAGCACAAUAAAGUUGAUAAAAUAAGUAGAAUCCAGUUGGGGUCUGCUGGUAGUGGUGAGGUUUUAUCUGUUUCCAUAAUGAAAACUGCAGUGCAUAUAAAGAAAAUAUUCCAGGCUGUCAGAAGCCCCAGUUCCCAUCUUGCUAACACGAGGCUGGAGGGCACGAGGAUGCAACAAAAGUGGAAAACAGAACUGGGCCCAGAAAAGUUUUAUUAUAUCUUUUCUCUGUUUAUUUUCUUCUCCAAAGAAGUCUAAGAAAUAUAAAUUCCAAUAUAUGCAUAGGGUUUCUUUUUUUCUUCUUUUUAAAUGUUGCAAAGUUUUCAAAGUUUUAUCCUGGGUUAGCAAGCCCAGAGAUCCAGAAGAUUUCCAAUGGGAUCUCAGUCUGUGGAGCUUUGCUCUCUGUUGCUGUUUUGUUUCUGUACAGCUGAAUCCGCUAUGGCCUUGCUGCUAAGCACCCUGAGAUGGGGCAGGCGAGGGCAGAAGCACAGCCAAGAGAGAGAUGUCCUGUACUGCACUGCAGACAGACUGGGCUCCAACUGCUUUCGGAGAAGUCAGUAGCAUCACACUGGAAUGGAAAAAAAACCCAACUUCUUCUGAUAUAAACUUUAGUGUUCUAGUUAAAUCCUCCAUUCUUCCCCUGGCCCUUACGAGGGGCUUUACUUAAGUGUUAACACUUGAGCAUAAAAAACAGGCCUUCUUUAGGGGCACAGGGCUCAGCUCAGUUGCCUAAAUGUGGGCAUAUGCUACCACUUGAGAUCCCCUACAGCACUCUCUCUGGCUUGCAGCAGCUGGUCCAGAAAGGCAUGUCUCUUCCCCACGGCUAGUACUACAGCUACUGGUCCCACCUGGAUGGCAGAGAUCUCAGGUGGCAGGAGACAAUUAGGCAACUUAAUCAAGGCCCUUUCUAAAGGGCUAAUGGAGAGGAGCAGUACCAAUGACUGAUGUAACAAGGGAAUCUUCAUUACCAUUACCAAGGGCUUAGUUAGGCACAACUGGGAGCUGGUCUCCACACUCCCAUGCAGUUGUUUUCCUACCCCACCUCAUGCAGACAGCCUCCACUCCUACAGCCUGAAGUUCACGGCGCUCUGCCCGGCCUUUACGUCAGGCCAGGGUUAGCGGCUGCAUCCCAGACCCAGUGGAGCAGGAGCAAGCCCAGGCGAGAGCAGGCAACACUCCACCCAACAACAGGUUUUUUUCUGUCAGUGUUCAAACAGCCCCUUUCCAAAGCAUUUUCCUAUUCAAGACAGAUACGCAAACUCAGACACCAUUCAGCAGACUCGUUAUUUGGACGAUUAGAUACCUGCGUUUUCUUGUUGCAUUUUGCCCAGCAAGGCAAAAUGCAAGUUCCUUCCCAACAGGCUGUAAUGCUGUCAGUAUUUUAAGCAUCUGAAGCCAGCCUGCUCCCAUCUCAAGCACCUAGCUAGACUGGCAGCCAAUACUAUCUAAACAUCAUCAACUUUAUGAUUGCUCAUAGAAGUGAUUGUUUCAGGCUUAUUCAGCCUUGACAGUUUGAAUGUGGGAAGGUUUCAGAGGAGGAUCGAGAUUGUAAAUAUCUCUUUGACAAACAUUGCUGCAUCACACACAAAAAUAAAAGGGGGAGAUUCUUUUAAAACUGCCUUAAAAAUCAAUUCUGAAUGAUGAAAUCUCCCUCCAAACAAUUGCCGCUUGGUAGAGCAGGGGAUAAGUCGCUUUGGGUGAAUUCUGGCAAGAAGUGGUUGGCAUCUAGUCCAGUUUCAGGGGUGAAAGGUUUUGGGAGCUGAUCUCACACUCAGUCUGAACUCACAUCAGCGCCAGUGACUGAGCACUGCAGGAUCAAAACUACGUAAGAUCUGGGGGGCACCUCUAUCUGGCCUGCAGCUGCAUGGUUUGGGCCUGGCCCGGCAAGGUACUGCAUAACUGUGUUUCCCGGUGACUUCAGGGAAGAUGGGGUUCCUCAGCACCUCUUAAGUUCAGGCCCUGGAGCACCAUUUCCUGCUCUGAUCAUCAGCUAUAAAUGUUGAUAAAUAUAAGUGUUUUGCCUUCAUUUGAAUUGCCCAGAGCUGUAAAAUGACCUCUCUCAAGUAUAAAUCAGUCCAGACAUAAACCUCCUCUCCCACUCUUCCCUACACUCCCCGCCCACCCUCUCUUGCACCUCCACCCAAGCCCUUCCCCAUCUCAAUUCUUUACCUCCUUCCACAAUUUUAUAUCUAGUUUUCAUGAACUCACAGAAAUGCUUUUGUAAAUAAUGCUGUACAGUUUGUAACCGUCAUGUAAGCCUGUCAUCAGUGCCAGAGUCCGUCUUGCCCUCUCGCACGUUUUAAAAUCAACAGAGGAAAGUUAGAGUGAAUGGCCCGCCAGCGAGCUAUAGGGUCAUCUCUGUGUGGGACAAAUGUAUAUUCCUGUAAGAUUGCAUUUUUAUCUAAUGAAUGAUGUUAUUUUAAAAUUGCUAAUAAAUUUCUAAACAAUGUCCA